CAUCGGAAAAGAGAAGCAGAGAGAGAGAGAGAAAGAAAGAGAGAAAGAAAAAGAGAUAGAGAGAGAGAAAAAGGAAGAAAGAGUCUCAUGACAAAGAUGGUCGAAGAGAAGGUCCUCUGAGAUCAUCCUGAAAAAGGCAGCAAUAGAUGAACAACCAUCAAAAUAAGAGAAAAACAAAAUAAGGAUUUGAAUAUUAUUUGUUUUGAACUUUUGCUGCCUUUUUACCAUUGUCUCAAUCUGCACCUAUCUAUUACCUCCUCUCAACCAGCAUUGCAUCUCCUUCCAAUGCACAAGCAAAUUACUGCAAGAAGGAAAGUUCUUUUCUUGCACCCCGUUUGUCUUUUUUGCAUGCUCCACCAAUUGCUGAGGAUAAUUGAGACGAAAUAUUGAGGUUGAGUUGGUUAUGUCUUUGUUGAGCAGAAACUUGUAACAAAGAUAUAACAAUACGAAAGAAAUGAGGGAUCCUAAUUUGAUCUUUGGACUCAAACCUUCAAUUUUCAUGUUUACUAUUAUAAUGUAAGUUGUGUCUUGUUAGUGAGUUUCAUUUGCUUCAUCCCAAUAGAAUGAAGGGUUUCUCUCAAUAGCAAAAACCUGGUAAUUUUGAAUAUUAUAUCGUAUAACAUCCUGGCUAUCAAGGAUUAUAGAUACUGCCUCAAUAAAAUUUUGGCAUUGGCUUCACAAAGAAAUGGAAAUGAGAUGGAAAACAUUUGGAUUUUGUCUAAGAAUUUAUAUUUGCUUGAUCUCUGUGUCGGGAAUUCAAGAGUGUUGGUCCCUUAAUGAUGAAGGACUGAAUUUGUUAGAAUUUCGAGCGAGGAUAACUUAUGAUCCGUAUAAUGCUUUAGCAAAUUGGAAUCCCAAUGAUUGUGACCCUUGCGAGUGGUUCGGUGUUCAUUGUCUAGAUGGUAAAGUGAAAAAGCUGGAGUUAAAAGAACUAUCUUUGGAAGGGACAUUGGCUCCUGAGCUUGGGAAACUUAGUCACCUAAAUUCUCUCGUGUUAUGCAAGAAUAACUUUUCCGGCGUCAUUCCCAAAGAACUUGGAGAUUUAUCCAAACUAGAGUUAUUGGAUUUAAGGGAAAAUAACUUGUUAGGAAGCAUCCCAGUGGAGAUUGGCAAGAUGCCAUUACUGAAACACUUGUUGCUUUGUAACAGUAAAAUUGGAGGUAGUGAUACUCAAGAUGGAGGAAAGUUCAAAUUUCCUUCAAAAUCGCUACUUGUUGAAAAUUGUUCAUCACCUCUGAAAUAUUUAUUUGCCUGUAUUAAUAGGAAAGUUGGACAUUGUGUGUGGCAGGGCAACUUCAAACAAUGGAACAAAUCAGAUUCAUUGAUUAUUCUAACUAAAGUAGCGCUUAUGAAAUGCCUCAAUGCCAUUGCGUUGCCAUUACUUAAGUUAAGAAAGCCUGCCCUUCAUGGCCAUGAAAAAGAUUAUUGUGACCUUUUGCCUAGUUCUAAUGUGCCAGAGAUUGCCGAAAAUGUUCCAGAAUUUGUCAGUUAUGCACGUCGUAGGUUACUUCAAUCCAGUGGCAGUAACCUUGUAGCUGCUCCUUUUAGUGGCGAAUCAACUAUAGAGCUUAGUUCUGUUCCAAUUACCCUCAGUAGCGGAUCUUUCCCAGCUGUUCAAGAUGAUAAUAAGAAACAAAACCAAUCACCUGAAUCCUUGCAUUCACCUUCUGAUUCUCCAUACGAUCAAACAAGUCAACAACACACAACUAAUGAUUCUUCUGGAACGUUGUGGAAGUAUAUAAUUAUUAUUGUUGUUGUGCUGAUCAUUAUUUUAAUAAUUCUAUUAUACAUUUGGAGAAAACCAGCUGUAAAAGUAAUAACCCCUUGGAAGACAGGAAUAAGUGGACAAUUGCAAAAAGCAUUUAUAACAGGGGCUCCUAAGUUGAAUCGAGUAGAAUUAGAGACAGCUUGUGAGGAUUUUAGCAAUAUUGUUAUUAGUGGUUUCGAAGGUUGCAACAUCUACAAAGGAACAUUGUCUAGUGGAGUAGAGAUUGCUGUUGUUUCUACGCUAAUUACUUCUUCCCAAGAUUGGUCAAAGGACAUGGAGAUGAAUUAUCGCAAAAAGAUUGAUACUUUGUCCCGCAUAAACCAUAAAAACUUUAUUAAUCUUAUUGGGUACUGUGAGGAAGAAGAACCAUUCACACGAAUGUUGGUGUAUGAGUAUGCUCCAAACGGAAAUGUAUUUGAGCAUUUGCAUGUUAAGGAAAUGGAACGUCUUAAUUGGAGUGAAAGGGUAAGGAUUAUCAUGGGCAUUGCAUAUUGUCUUCAAUAUAUGCACCAUGAUCUAAAUCCACCUGUCGCUCUAGCCAAUCUUACUUCAAGUAUGAUAUUUUUAACAGAUGAUUUUGCCGCUAAGGUUGCAGAAGUUACUUUUAAAAAUAUUGAGGCACCAGUUAAGCUGAAAAGUGAGUCAAAGAAAUCUGAGGUGUCAUUCCAGGACGAACUUAAAAACACUAUCAAUGACUUUGGAAUGUUAUUGCUUGAAAUUAUCUCUGGGAAAUUGCCUUACUCUGAAGAACAAGGCAACCUUGUUGCUGAGUACUUAAGUGACAAGAGAAGCAUCAACUACAUGAUUGAUCCCACCUUGGAGUCUUUCAAGGAGAAUGAACUUGAUGCCAUUUGUGAGGUAAUCCAAGAUUGUAUCCAACCUGAUCCUAAGUUAAGACCAGAAAUGAGGGACGUGACUUCUAAAUUGAGAGAAACGCUUGGCAUUUCACCUGAGCAAGCAGUCCCAAGACUUUCUCCACUUUGGUGGGCUGAACUGGAGAUCUUGUCAGUAGAGGCAACUUAAGUUUCAUUUGACUCUUUUCUCUGUGUUUUAAGCCUUUCUCUAACCUUUAUCAAUAUGCUAGAGUGGAAAGUUAUGAUAUUUGCUACUCAAAGUUCUCUACAUCCUUCAUUGUUCUUGUACUUUUGUAAAGUCAUCAUCAUUAAUAUAGUAGUUAUUCAUAUCA